CAACAUUAGCCUACUCUGCUAGCGAGCGUCUGCCUCGUUGUGCUCAUAAUUUGUGCUUCUAAUUAAAAUAAUUUAUUAAAAUGUCGAAAAAUAUUUAUUACAAGUUUUACUUAAUUUUAACUCCACUUUGUGUUCCACCUUCACUGCAAAUUUCUCUUGAAGAAUUUGUUACUUUAACCAGUAGUCAGAAAGCAGCACUGGAACAGGUACAUAGGAAUAUCUAUGUCUCAUAAUUUCAAAUAAAUAUCACCCAACAAUUUCGAACAGCCGUGAGCUCCCAACUUCCGCAUCAAUACAUGAAGGAGGACGUUUAUUUGAUACGCUGGUUGAGAGUGCAAGAUUUUGACGUUCCACGGGCAACAAUUCGCACUUUAGCAGAUAUCCAGUGAAGGGAAGAUAACGAUAUGGACAAUAUUUUAGAAGAAGAUUGGUCCGAUUUCGACAGCGAGUUUCGAGCAAAUAUCGAAGGCUGUGACAAAUUGGGACGACCAGUCCUCUCAGUCACGAUCGGUGACUGGGACCUCCGCCGCGCCGUGGUCUCCGGUCAUUCGGAUCGUCUCGCCAGAUAUUUCUGCAAAGUGUUCGAAGCGGGAUCCGUAUUGACGAGAAGGUUUCAAAAAAAUGAGCAAAGAGCUGUCCAAGCAUCAGUGAUUUUUGACAUGGGAAAUUUCAACCUAGUUCAGCAUGGAUGUGCAAGAUGUUUAUCUAUAUGUUUCCAUAUGUUUACCGUUAUCGAACAGCACUACCCAUAUUUCGCACAUUGGGUUACCUAUAUAAACACUCCAGAAAUUGCGCAUCCAAUUUAUGACAUCCUCAAACCUAUCCUAUCCAAACAUGUCACCGAAAUAUUGCACAUUUUUGGCCGAAACAAGAAAAAAUGGCAGAAGUUUUUGCUCGAGGAAAUUGACGAGUCCCAACUUACGAAAGAUUUGGGUGGGAAAAAUUGGGAAGCCUUGGAUUACGUGGAUAUUAGAGGGGCAAAUACGUCGAUGUACACCUGUGCGAAUAUGGAUAUCCUUCGUGGUUACUUAGCCUAGUUUUUAAUCCACACGGUAUUUUAAUAUCUACGAGAUAGUGUAAACGAUAAGUCAUCAAUUUUCAUUAUCCAGGGUGACGAUUAGCAUAUUCUCCAGCAGAAGCACAACUUGUAUCGAUUUGUUAAAUAACUUUCCACCAGACUGGUAUCAGUUUGUUUCUUGGUGGUAAAUUUUUCAUUACAGCAACAUUACUUAACUGUGGUGCCCAUUAUUACCAGUGCCGGUAGUCACAUAAACAAAUACACAUUUAUGUAUGUACAUAUGUACUCCGGUUAGUAACGAUUUAAUACCAGUUUCUAUGUAGCAGUGUACGAGAGCCACAGUACUUAAUAAAUACCUAAUAUACAUAAGUAUGUACAUAAUAUGUACUUGCAUAACUUCAACCGCAGUUAUUUUUUCUGGUGCAUAAAAACUUGCUUGAUCGUCUCCAGACACUGGGAUGGCAUUCAAUUUUUUUGCAUUUUUACUUAUGUUAGUAAGGUGAAGGUACAUAAGCUAAACCAAUCGUGAGAACCAGUCACUGGUAAAGUAAAAUGAAGUAAUGAGCAUACUUACAUAUGUGCAUACUUAUGUACAUAAGCAUGUAUCCUCA